AUGGCGCAAUUAGCUGUCACUGUAACUGAUGGAGAAAAUACCCAGUAUUAUGAGUUUUCAGAAGAAACGUCAUUGGAAGAUCUGAAAUGUAUCGUGUUAGCUGAUUUUGGAAAGUCUGGCGAUGAUGUGCAUACCAUCGAGCUUAUAAAGGACAAACGACCCCUUCAAGGGCCAUCAAACACGUCAUUGAAGGCGCUCGGAGUCAAUAAGGGGGAUCUCCUUUUCUACUCGAGGAAGAAAUACGUUUCGUCUACUGCGGCCUCAACUAGUUCAAUGGCACAGCCACCGGCACUAGAUCCAGCAAUGCAAGCAAAAAUGGCUGAAUUGGUGAAAUCGAUUAAGAUACCCAAGAAUCUCCCGAAAGCAAAGCCAAAAGAUGUAUUUGAAGGUGCCAUGUUUCAAGAUGAGGCACGUCGCAUCUUCUCAAAAAUGGCGCUUCCAAAUGUCCAGGCCCAUUUUCGAGAACUAUGUCCUGCAAUCAUUGAACAGUACACAAAAGAGCCCAAUAAUUUUGAGGGAUUCGCGAGAGUUUUUCAAGAAUUUCUAAAGAAAGAAUGGCGAAAGAAGGAGUUAAUGGCCGAUCCGACAAGCGAAGAGGGACAACGCCUUCUCGCGGAGCAAAUCCGUCUAUCAAACAUCGACCAUUCAUAUGAGAUGGCAAUGGAACAUAACCCGGAGGCCUAUGUUUCAGUCCACAUGCUUUAUGUUAACAUGAAUAUCAAUGGAUUUCCAGUGAAAGCUUUUGUCGACUCUGGGGCUCAGGUGUCUGUUAUGUCACUUGCAUGUGCAAAGCGUUGUGAUUUAGAGCAUUUGAUCGACAGAAGGUUUCAAGGCACUGUACGUGGUGUUGGGGGUCAGCAGAACUUUGUGGGAAAAAUUCACAUGUGCAAAGUACAAAUUGAAGAUCAUUUCUUUCCAUGCUACUUUGACGUUCUUGCUGACAGAGAUAUGGAUGUUUUAUUUGGCCUCAACAUUCUCCGCAGACAUCAAUGUUCGAUUGACUUGGGACAGAACAAGUUGAUCUUUGGCGAUGGAACAUCAACGCCGUUUUUGGGAGAAGCUGAGGUUGAAGCGUACAAGUUAGCAACUGGAAUCUCAAAUCAAGAGAUGGUCUCAAUUGGGAUUGAUGAAGCUGUGGCCGAACGUUUAUUACGAGAAACUUUAAACGAUCUACCUACUGCUGUGCAACGAGCGCUCGAUAAAUCAUCCGGCAACACAAUGGAAGAA